AUGGCCCUUGUGAUGAUAUCGGCACAUGACAACAUGUUUAACUAUCAUGCAGAAAGUGGAGAUAUAAAUAACAAUAAGCUGAAGCUGUAUUCUUACUGGAGGAGUUCUUGCGCUCAACGUGUUCUUAUAGCUCUUAACCUCAAAGGGCUCGAAUAUGAUUAUAUAGCUGUUAACUUGCUUAAAGGAGAACAGUUCAAUCCUGAUUUCUUAAAGCUGAAUCCUCUUGGAUAUGUGCCUGCACUGGUUGAUGGGGACAUUGUAAUUGCUGACUCGCUUGCCAUUUUAAUGGUGACCCAUUCUCUCUCUCUCUCUCUCGCUCUCGCUCUCGCUUUUUGGGUGUAUUUGGAAGAGAAGUACCCUCAGCAUCCCUUGUUGCCUAGCGAUCUUAAGAAAAAGGCCCUUAAUUAUCAGGCUGCAAAUGUUGUUUGCUCAAACAUACAGCCUCUUCAGAACAUGGCUGUGCUAACUACUUAUGUUGCUUAUGCUGUUUUGCUGCACCUAUUACAGAAGUAUAUUGAGGAAAAAGGUAGUCCAGAUGAGGCAGAUCUGUUUAUAGGACCACAGAUUCAAGGAUCAAUUGACAGUGUCGGUUUCGACAUGACUCAGUUCCCUCUUCUAUCAAGGUUGCAUGAUGCAUAUAGUGAGCUGUCAGCAUUCCAGAAUGCGGGGCCAGAAAAUCAGCCAGAUGCCCCACCUUCAUCUGUCACUAAAGCAGAGUUUAAAAAUGGAAACUUGUUGUAUGUUGCGAAGGAAUCUUUGGCUGGAAAACUUCCACAAAACAUGCAACCAGAACGAGCAUUAGUCUUCCACCUAGAAAUUGCAGAAAGUGGAGAUAUAAAUAACAAUAAGUUGAAGCUGUAUUCUUACUGGAGGAGUUCUUGCUCUCAACGUGUUCGUAUUGCUCUUAACCUCAAAGGGCUCGAAUAUGAUUAUAUGGCUGUUAACUUGCUUAAAGGAGAACAGUUCAAUCCUGAUUUCUUAAAGCUGAAUCCUCUUGGAUAUGUGCCUACGCUGGUUGAUGGGGACAUUGUAAUUGCUGACUCGCUUGCCAUUUUAAUGUAUUUGGAAGAGAAGUACCCUCAGCAUCCCUUGUUGCCUAGUGAUCUUAAGAAAAAGGCCCUUAAUUAUCAGGCUGCAAAUGUUGUUUGCUCAAACAUACAGCCUCUUCAGAACAUGGCUGUGCUAAAGUAUAUUAAGGAAAAAGUUAGUGCAGAUGAGGUGAUUCCUUGGGUUCAGAGUCAUAUUAACAAAGGGUUUGCAGCGCUAGAGAAGCUGCUAAAAGACUCUGCUGGAAAAUAUGCAACUGGCAAUGAAGUGUCUCUGGCAGAUCUGUUUAUAGCACCACAGAUUGAUGGAGCAAUUAACAGGUUCAAUGUUGACAUGACUCAGUUCCCUCUUCUAUCAAGGUUGCAUGAUGCAUAUAGUGAGCUGCCAGCAUUCCAGAAUGCGAGGCCAGAAAAUCAGCCAGAUGCCCCACCUUCAUCUGUCACUAGUUGA